AUUCCUUUUAAUAUCGCCGAACUAAAGGUAGUAGACGCACGACAACAGAGAAAUACUGAACUUCCCACCCAGAAGAGCCAUAGGUCAGCUCUUCGGUACUUCUGUAACUGGGACUUGGUGUCUUUCUUUAGGUUCGGGGACUAUCCUUAGUUGCGUGGCGAAGCAGCAGCGUAGGACGCUGCACUCGAGGGGCUUUUGCAGCCGUCACCGUCGACAACGUCGCGGUUGACGCGUUCUGGCAGCUCUGGUCUGCAGGCAUGCUGAGCAAGACCCUCACGCAGCAGGAGGCUGCUGUGCGGGAUGGGCAAAUUGGGCAGCUCAGAGAGUGUAAAGUGCUGGCGGAGGAGGAAGUAGUUGAGCUUGCAGCGAAGUGCAAGGAGCUGCUGCAGCAAGAGCAGAAUGUUACUCACGUCCGGGCGCCAGUUGUGGUGGUGGGCGAUACGCACGGGCAGUUCCAUGACCUGAUGGAAAUUUUCAAGAUUGCGGGCCAAGCCCCAGACGCAAACUACCUCUUCCUUGGAGACUAUGUGGAUCGCGGCUACUACUCCGUGGAGACAGUUUGCAUGGUUAUUGCGCUGAAGGUGCGCUAUCCUAGCCGCAUCGUGAUGAUCCGCGGCAACCACGAGAGCCGGCAGAUUACCCAGGUCUACGGCUUUUACGAGGAGUGCCUUCGCAAGUAUGGCAGCGCAAAGGUCUGGCAGGUCCUGACAGACCUGUUCGACUAUCUGCCGCUGGCCGCGGUUAUCGAGAACCAGCUGUUUUGCCCGCACGCUGGCCUGUCUCCAUCGAUGGAUACCCUCGAUCAGAUUAACCAGAUACACCGGUUCGAGGAAGUCCCGCACGAAGGCCCCAUGUGCGAUCUCCUGUGGUCCGACCCCGACGACCGCAUGGGCUGGGGCAUCUCGCCACGCGGCGCUGGUUACACCUACGGCCAGGACAUCUCGGAGCACUUCAACCACGUCAACAACCUGAAGUUCAUCAUCCGCGCCCACCAGCUUGUCUCAGAGGGCUUCUUGUGGCAGCACGAGGGCGCUGUGGUGACGGUGUUCAGCGCGCCCAACUACUGCUACCGCUGCGGCAACAAGGCGGCCAUCGUCGACAUCGACGAGAACAUGAACCAUAAAAUCAUUCAGUUUGACCACGCGCCGCCUAAGGGUGCGGGCAUUACGGAGGUCAAGCGCUCCGUCCCGGACUACUUCCUGUGAGCGUGCUGGGUGCACGGCUUGGGAGAGGGCGCCUGCAAUCCGCGCCUGCUUUUCCUGGUCUUAUGGGCUCGCCAAGAGGUUGUGUGAAAGGGGAACUGGACGGCGUCUCGCACGCCGAGUGCACGGUUGCAAUUGAACAGAAUGGGAUGACCAUGUCUCUCCCGUUACAGCGUUAGGCUGUUUCUCCUUAGCGUCUGCACUGCGACGUGGCCGAGGGGGGUGUGAAUUGGCAUUGUUGUGUGCGUGCGCCGGAACAGCAACUGCAUUGGUGUAUAGGGGUGUAGGCAGCUGCGUCGCUGUAGUACUGGUUGCAAUGUAGUACAUGACAGGGGUGUUCCGUUUGUGCUCUCCUGCGUACGAUAGAGGCGGAUGCUCACUAUCCCUAAUGCACGGAUUUGGAACGGGGUCUACUUUUGCGCAGCGGAUAAACCUACGAGGGUGUAAGGGCGGGGGCGCAGACAGGUGGGUGUUGUUUUUUCAUGUACAUGUGCGGUCGGGGCUGCGCCCCACUUGUCGGUAGGGCAGUUGUGGGUCUUAGGCAUAGGCCCUCACCUGAUGCCUGGACUGCAGAUCCCGCUUGCUUACCUUACGACUGUAAUACUGUAGUGCUGGUGGCUUACAAUGGCGGCAUCGCCAUGGUUUUUUAGAUGUUGUGGCUGGAGGCGGUGAAAAGGGGUGAUGGUUGAUGCAGUGAGAGGGUGGCGUUUGCGGCAUUGCUGUGUUUGAGUGAAGCUUAGGUUGCAGAGCGUGCAUCGUAAGAUGGCUCCAUCGUUGCCGUGCAUGCAUGCACGAGGUCAUGCGAAAGGUAUACAUGAACAGCUGGGCUGGGCGCAUACUUCGUGUCAUGCAAUAUGUCUAGACAACUUGUCGAUCGUGUCGCUCGAAACUGCUGCCGCGCGGCAGCGUACGUACGCGUGUAAGCUGCUAUGUAGGGCCUAGCGCUCAGUCUAAUGCUUUGCAAUGGAGUUAUUCAAGCGCUUAAGCACGGCGUCAG